CAAAUAUAAGCAUCAAAGUCCAAUCUGAAGAAGUGCAAAAUAUAAUAUGGCAUCUUUCUUUGACAAGCCUUCGUUGACUCUUCUGAAGGGACAAUCGCUAACUCCAAUUUCUGAAGCUGAGGCCUUGGAAGGGAAGAAGUACAUUCUUGUCUACUUUUCGGCUCAUUGGUGCCCACCAUGCCGUGUAUUCACCCCCAAACUGCGUACUUUUUACGAUAAAUGCCACAAGGAAAAAAAUUUUGAGGUUGUCUUCGUGUCUCUGGACAAGACCGUGGGGGGGAUGCGGGCUUACAUGGAAAGCGCCCAUGGCAACUGGCUGGCAUUGCCCCUUGAUCAGGCUAAGGUGAUUGAGAAGGAGUGGAUGGAGAAGUACGACUUCCAGUCUAUCCCCGCACUUUUCAUCUUCGAGAACGCUCCAACUGAGGAGGGUGGUGAAGAUAAAAAGGGGCGGAAGCUGGUGACACGGUAUGGCCGGGAUAUGCUGGAGGGCGAUCCAACCGGGGAAAACUUCCCUUGGCCGAACGGGGACGCAGAGAUUCAGGAACAUUACCGCGUAUUGAAACGAAACCUCAUAUUUGUGACGCUCUUUUCGAUUGCACUUGGACUUUGGUUGUUUCGAUUAUACGUAAAUAUCAUGUCUAGAAACCUAAAAAAAUAGGUAGUAAGAGGAGUGAAAAUUGGCUAUUAAAAGGGGAAAAGAUGGAGUUAUAUAGUAUAACUUACUUUUUUUUUUUCAUUCGUUAAUUCAGUAUCGACUUAUUCCUUUCUUAAAAAAUCAGUGAGACAUUCUCUUUUUCUUUCAUUUAAUGGUCCGAGUGGUGGCAGAUACGAUUACUUUGUCACUUGAAGUAAGCAGGUUAUGCAGCAAUUACUGCAGUGAACAGUGGUGCUUCUGCUGUGGUGAAGCAUGGGGAAGGAAAACAUCGUUUGGCUAACUUUUGGACUAUCAUUUUGUUUGUUCUGGUACUCACUAAGAGAGCCACCUUACAACACUCAAGAUUCUCACGAGAAGCAAUUUGCAUUGGAAGUCUCUUUUGCUUCUUCACACGCACUCAUUGAGACUAUUAACAGCAGUGUGGAAGCUCAUUUGGGCGAAUUAUACGCUUUUCAUUGCAUUCCAUAAGGAAGGGCAAAUUUGCAGGUUUAUAGAUUGAUUGAUUAUCAUUAUGCAUAUAUGAACCUACAUGAGCGAGGUGAUAUUAUAAUCUAACUACACACAAAUGGAUUAUGUGUGUCUCACUUAGAAAA